GUGAGACUGGGAGGCCAAAGAGGUUGGAGCCGUGGUUCUGCCCUGACCCCCUUGGGAAGAUAAGGCCCUAGUCAAGUAGUGUCCCUUCAUGGCCGGCCUUGGUUAGGAGCACAGAACGUACUGGACUUUGAAAAUUGCUACUUUCCAGGGGCCUAUUGUGAAAGGGUUACUUCCCCCCCCCUUGCCUGAAGCCGCUGGAUUUUCUCUCAUCUUCAGAGCCGGUCUGAUCUGGCUUCUGGAGUAAAUGCCGUGGAAGUGUAGUGCCGAAGCUUGGAUCCCAGCAGGCCGCAGCUCUAGUACUAGCCCUGCUCUGGUCUCCAGCGACUCACCACUUUCCAGGUGAGAGUUCCGGACAGUCCUCGCUGGCUCCAGGAUGGCUUCUCCUCCUGGCAGGAACAUGAGCCGACUAGACACAAGUAGCAACUGCUCGUUCGAUGCCGUGGAUAAGCUGAUGAGUACCUUGCAGCUGGCCGUCCACAUCCCAACCUUCCUCCUCGGCCUGGUCCUCAAUCUGUUGGCCAUCCGAGGCUUCAGCACCUUCCUGAAGAAGCGGCAGCCGGAAUACAUCGCCACUUCCAUCUACAUGAUUAACUUGGCUGUCUUCGACCUGCUGCUUGUGCUCUCGCUCCCAUUCAAGAUGGCCCUGCCGCAGGUGGAAUCCCCUUCCUCAGUCUUCUGCACUCUGGUGGAGUGCCUCUACUUCAUCAGCAUGUACGGGAGUGUCUUCACCAUCUGCUUCAUCAGCCUGGACAGGUUCCUAGCCAUCCAGUACCCACUCCUGGUCAGCUACCUCCGGUCCCCCAGGAAAACCUUUGGGAUCUGCUGCAUCCUCUGGGUCCUGGUAUGGAUUGGAAGCAUCCCUAUCUACACUUUCCACAGGGAGGAGAAAUACAAAUGCUUCCACAACAUGUCUGACAGCACCUGGAGUGCCAAGGUCUUCUUCCCCCUGGAGAUCUUUGGCUUCCUCCUUCCCAUGGGCAUCAUGGGCUUUUGUUCCUAUAGGAGCAUUCACAUUCUGCUGGGCCGUCCAGACUACACCCAGAGAGCCUGCAUCUGGACCAUUGCUACCAAUCUUGUCAUCUUCGUGGUCUCCUUUCUCCCAGUGCACUUGGGUUUCUUCCUGCAGUACCUGGUGAGGAACGGCUUCAUCUCGGAGUGCAGGGUCAAGCAGAGCAUCAGCCUGUUCCUGCAACUGUCCCUGUGUUUCUCCAACAUCAACUGCUGCCUUGACGUUUUCUGCUAUUACUUUGUCAUCAAAGAAUUCCGCAUGGGCAUCAAGGCCCACCGGCCCUCCACAGUCCAGCUGGUCCACCAGGACACCACAAGCAGCAGGGGUUAAGGGAAGGGACCCCUCUCAAGGGAAGGAAAUCCCGAUCCCAAAUUCUCAUAAGGAACAUCCAGUGCUUCUUUGACACUCGCUAAGUACCAUCUUGGUUCUUUAUACCCCUAAGACCUUUCCACAGCACCUGGACGGCUGACAUAUGUCACGCUUGUUUGGGGUUUUCUAAAGAACCAGGUGACUUCUUCAUUUCUAAGUCCAAAAUGUAUGAAGCAGAAGAGUCGAAAAAGAAAAUGUCACUUUAAAAGUCUGUUUCUCAGCUUUCCCAUCUUUCCGUUCUGUUGGAAGAGUCCAGAAGGGAGGAGAGGGAUGGAGAAAGGAUUAGGGCAGGGAAUCAGGAGCAUUUUGGUGGAGAUACAGGGAUAGGGAGAAAUAUGCCUUCAAGAUGGAGAGAGCUUACACUUCUUCUCCAGACCCUUCUGAAGCUCUGUUGACAAUGACCUCACAGAAAUCGUGACAAAGAGGGCUUUUAGGGGCUGAGCAAAUUCCCUUCCGGCCCUAGAAAGGCACAAGAGGCCAGCCAAACCUCCUCAUGCCCCUGAGAAGGAUUAGAUGGAGGGAGGGGGCUGUGUGAAGCAGGUCAUGGGGAAUCAGGAGUCACUGUGGGGCCAAUGGGGGCAGAGUGGAAAGGAACUAGAAAAUACCCAGGGAAAGAAAGAGACACAAGGAGCUGGAACUGGAUGUCCCCUCUCCUGCUGCUAUCCAGUAGUAGUGCUAUCCCAGGGCUAAGAUGGCCUAAAAAUAAUAGCUGUCUUGAAGGUGACCAGCCUUCUAUCUUGGACAGCCUUGAACUAGUUCAUCAGACCAAUAUGAAGGGGAUGAGAAAGGAUUGGUCUUAACUCGGUUCAGCCAUAGCAGCAUGAAGAAGCUGUCCUUAUUGGGUCCUUGUUGGGCAGCUGGCACUGGUGACACUGUCUAGGAUGCUGGCUAGGAACUGGAGGGGAGGAGGGGGCUUUCUUCACUGGGCAGCACAAAGCCUGGAUUGGAGGAGGGUGGGGAGGCGCUCCCGCCGGUUCCUGGAGGGAAGCUGUAGACAGCUGAAUCAGUGUUGGAGCUUCGGCGGCUCUUCUCACCCUGGCAUGGGAGAUCACAGUGACAGCUGAAAGCCUCGCUUGCGAUGACUCAGCUGCUCCAGAGAGCGAAGUGAUAGAAGGAUAAAUUGUGGGGUGUUUCUGCAAAACGGAAGGAGUGGGGUGAGAAGAAACCCACGAGACUUCACAUGAAUAAGACACAGGUCUUUAGGAAGAGACACGGGCAGCCGGGCAGCCGCAGCCCUAACUAACAGAUCCCACAGGAUAAGAGGCUGGGAGAGGGGUGGAGACCUGGGGAGGAAUGGGGGAAGACGGAGGUGUGGCUAUAAUCCGGCAUCUACCCACAGAGCAGAAGCUGGAGGUGAGCAAGGGUGUAGGAGAAAGGAGAAGCAGGAAGGGAGGAAGAGGAAGGAGGGAGGGAGAGGAGGGAAGGAAAAGGAGGAGAGGAGGAAGGGAGAUGUGCAGGAAGGGCUGAGACAGGGAGGGAUAGGAAAGGUGAGGAGUGAGGGUAGAGGCCGAGCAGCUUCCUCCUGAGAGUCUGUCAUUCCCCUUGGAUUGGAGACCAUGGAAGGGCAGGUACUUCCAGGCCAGGGUGGCUGUGGCAGUGUUUAGGUGGCACUGCGGAGCCACCUGUGGGCCACUGAAGGAAGAUUUAAGGAAGAGAAUUAAGGACCUCCGCAGUGGCUGGAGGAGUGAGGUUACUGGGACCAGAGUCCCACCUCAGGGCUGGGCCUCCAGGAACCUGUCGGUGGAGACCCAGGAAUGAGGGUCCCAACCUUGGGUGCUGUUUUCUCACACCAGAGAUACCAUGCAUCACACUGAGACAGCCUGACUGUCACCUACAGCAGAGCAUUUGGGGCCGCUUUGGGUUAGUCCAUGACUGGGUAGGUCUUGGGACCACCUCCUCCAGGUUCCCUCUGUUUACAGAGCUGUUAGCCCACCCACAGAGUCAAAUAGUCCCUGGUGUGCAAGUCUGCCUGCCAGGCAGGCUUCCCCCGAGCAAAGGCUUAGCAAGCCUGACUGCCCACCAUCCCCAUCGAUGACCAAAGCUAAAACCUGGUGUGUGUCUAGCAAGACUCUAUGGUGGGAAGGGCUUUGUGUCCCCAAGAGGAUCAUUAUCAAAAGGGCAGGGAGUCUGGAGCCAUAACCUGAGCAACGGUAAGGACAAGGUCCCUGGAGGGGUACAGCAGUGUCAGACUGGUGUGGUGACUCUGGACCUGGAGAUAGGGAGGAAUAGGACUUGAGAACACCCUGAUUCAUUCCAAAACAGUGAGUGAAGGGAAGGAAAUUCUUGACUUUUCCCUUGGAGACUUACUUGGGUGUGUCCAGACUCAGGUCAUCAGUCCUAUGGGUCCUCAACUGGCAAUUGGCCCAGCAGUACAGGAAAUGGGGAGGAUUCUAUCCUCUAGAAAGUUACCAUGAAUCACCAGUAAUUUCAAAGAUGCUUGAAAUGAAUGUAGGCUUGGUAGCAGCUGCAGAGAUGCAUGAGGAUUAGAAAGGAUUGGCCAGUGUUAGAGUUGGCGUGCAGCAGAUUGCCACCAGUGAGGGAGGGAAAUCUAGGACUUAGUUGUGGAAAAAGCCCAGAUUCCUGUUACUAACUAAUUAGAAGCUAUUGUUUAACCAUGAAUAUGACCUUAUUUGUACCCAGGCUGGAAAACAUUAGCUACAUGUACAGUUGUGAAAUCUAGCAAAAUUAAUUGGAAAACCAAUUUGAUUAACAUGAUUUAUCAAAUAAAUAAAUUCAUUCAAUGCAUUAUGA